AAAUAAAACGACAUAGUUAUCUCGCAGUUCAAAUGACGUUUGAUGACUGUGCGAGUAUCACCCGGUAGUUAAAAUUCCCCAGAGGAAUCGGUUUAGCAUCACUUUGGGAUUGAAGGUGGGAUUGAAGAGGGAUUGAAAGUGCAUACAAUGGCGCAAUUCAUGGAUGUCGUCUCAUUGACCAAGGGAAUUCGGUCCAUGUUUUACAUUGUCACACCGAACGAAUCAUCAUUUGAAAAUGUGGAGGAUGUCCCGCCAUAUGUUCAACAGGCCACCCCGUUCUUUAUGGGCUUGAUGGUUGUCGAGUUGGUGGUGAGCCUGCUGAAGGAUGGAACCCCAUUGGCCUGUGUCAGUGAUGUCGUCACCUCAGUGUCAGCUGGUAUCAUUUCCAGAAUGCCCACGCUAUUUGCAAGAGGUUUUGAAAUAACGACUUACAUCUACGUGUGGGACAACUUGCGUCUCCUGGAGCUACCCUGGGACUCUCCCUGGGCAUGGUGGCUGGCUUUCCUAGUGGUGGACUUCAGCUACUACUGGGUCCAUCGCUUUGCUCACGAGUUGAACUUCCUGUGGGCUGCCCACCAGGUCCACCACAGCUCAGAGUACUACAACCUUUCCACAGCCCUCAGACAAUCCCUCACACAGCAGUUCUCAUCAUGGGUGUUCUAUCUCCCCAUGGCGUUGGCAGUACCACCCUCUGUGUUUGCUGUACACAUCCAAUUCAACCUGCUGUACCAGUUCUGGAUCCACACUGAGGUGAUCAGAGAUUUGGGACCUCUGGAGUGGGUCCUAAACACCCCCAGUCACCACAGAGUUCACCACGGGCGAAAUGAAUAUUGCAUUGAUAAGAAUUACGGGGGAGCUCUGAUAAUAUGGGACAGACUAUUCGGGACCUUUGCUCCAGAGGGAAAUAAAGUUGUCUAUGGUCUUGUACACAAAAUAAACACAUUUGAGAUCUUCCAUAUUCAGUUCCAUUACUAUAAAUACUUGUGGAGGAGGUUCAACAGAUACAAGAAAAUCUUCAAUAAAUUGGGCGUCCUCUGGAAAGGACCCAGUUGGAAACCUGGCAAACCAAGGCUGGGGGAUCACGCAGAGGUGCCCGAGGUUACUGGAGAAGAGCUGCCAUUCAAUCCCAGUUGGCCUCUGGCUCUGAAAGUCUAUGUCUGCAUACAUGGUCUAAUGUUGUUGGGUGUUUACCAGGAUCUGUUUGAGUCAAGGCUGAUGCUAUCCCAGCUGACUGUUCUGAUGAUGACUGGCUACAUUCUACUCAGUCUGACCUCCAUUGGCUUCAUCAUUGACCAACGGCCAACGGCACCCAUGUUGGAGUUGCUGCGCUGUGUUCUGAUGAUGAUGCUGCUGCGGUAUGGCUACAUGACUGCACCAGCACCACUGUUUGUGCCCAUUGAGGCCUUUGUCUCCAUCUCCCUGCUGUACUGGGGCCUGCAGACAUUCAGCCAAUUGAUUGCAGUCAAGAAGAAGACAACAUGAGAUUGUCAGGUCCCAUUGGCUUACUGUACCUGGCUCCCAUCAAAUGUUUGAAGGACUUUAGCCAUGACUUUAGGUAGCCACACUUUCCCACAUAUUAACCAACAUACAAGCUUCUAUGAAUCAAAUAAUAUAUAUAAUGUGCAUAUCUUGCCUCAUAAUAAUAUUUGUUAAUGUUUUUAAUCGGACAAGCAUAGUGUGUAUGAAUGACCAUAGGCACUAUACAUUUAUGGCCAUGCUUAGUGUUACUGUUUCUUAUGGAAGGUAGCUUUUCUGAUUUUGUUCAAAUUGUACUGUUAUAUGGUGCUAUUCAGUGAUUGAUUAAUGACAAUCAAUGUAAUACAUUCCUGUUUAGUGAGCCAUUGAGAAUAUUAUGAAUGACUUUUUUUUCACCUACACCUUUACCUGUACAACAAAUACCUCCUAAAACUGCAGGGUAACUUUUCCUAGGAUCCUUUUUUUCAUGAAAUGUAAUACUUCUUGACUCUAUAUUUUUCAGUUCCAUUUUUGACUAAACAGUUUUCUGUUA